CUCAGAUUUAUUUUUCGUGUAAGCCACAGCGCACUGCCCAGUCGCCGGGGGCACGAGCGGGCCAGUGUCACGCUGAACUGGGCGGGACACGUUGAGUAAAAAUGAAGCUUCCGCCUGGCAACUUCCAGCCAAAAUUGUCCUGGGACACGAGGGAGACUCCCGCAGCAGGAUGUUCCCUGCCUCACGUCACUUGUCACUCGUGGUGCUGCGGGUCCACCGGCAGGGCUGGUGCCGCCCCCACGGAGCAGGUGCCCCAGAGGCCUGCAGCCUGAGGGAACCCCGGCGAGCCCCCCGCCCCUUCCACCGCGAGAGGACACGAGAGAAAACAGCCGUCUGCAACCCCGAAGAGGCCUGCCUGGGACCCGACCAUGUCCGCACCCCGGAGUUGGGCCACACCGGCCCGGCCAGCUUCCCUCUGGCCUGGGGAACACAUGGAGGUCCUCUCGGUGACCUCGCAGGCAGGGGACAGCGCUCGUGUCUCGUCGGCACCAGCACCCGUGGCGGAUGCGCAGGGCGCACCUGCUGCUGCCGCUGGGACAAACCGCCAGACCCAGCGGCUUCAACCGGAGAUUUGUCAUCGCACAGUUCGGAGGAGGACUCGGUGUGGCAGCGGUGUCCCAUCUGCAAGGCUUGUACUCAGAUCACCUUGCCUGGGCCAAAGGUGAUGGCUGGGCUGACCGUGGGCCUGAUGGAGGUGCCACAGCCCGAACCAGACAGUGAGGGUCUGUGGGGGGCGAGGGGGCUGCCGGGGAGCCUGGGCCGGGUCCGCGCGCUCGCCUCCCUCCCCGGCACUCGGCUGCGGGAACAGGAGCUGGUGGCCGCAGGGCAGAUGCCCGAGGCCUGAGUCCCCCUCACGUCCACCGGAGGCAGGGCCCUCGGCCCCGGACCUCCUGCCGCUUCCCUUCCCAGAGCUCCGGGCGAGGGGCAUCGGCCCACCUCCCUCUCCUCGGGGCGACUGCUGAGCAAGCCUGUGUCCCAGGGCCCUCCUCACCUUGGCCAACCCGAGCUCCAAGCACAGCCCACGAGCACAGCCCCCCUGGUGGACGCCGGCCGGGCCUGCCCAGCAUGGCCCUGGGGCCUCCGGGAGAGGCACUGCCAUCCGAUCUCAGGUCACGGGUGGGGACGGCGCCGUGAGAAGCAUCCCUCUGCUGAACGCAGAGACAAAUUAAUAGGCUAGUUUUUAAAGCAGUUUUAGUGUCAUGGAACCGUGCGGUGAGCCCAGAGAUUCCCCGUACGCCCUGCCCCCCACGCCGCCACCCCACCGUCUGCACCCCCGCCAGCAGGCAUGCCCAUGACAG